CUUCAUGCUCGGGACUUGAACGACUGAAGUACUAAUCUUCGUCCCUGUGCUGUUUUGAAAUUCUUGAUGGACAGGAUGGAUAGUAGAAAACACAAUGUUGCUGGCAUAUCUCAGUCCAACGAAGUAUCCUGCAGCUUUUCAAGUUUUUCAGCUGUAGGUUUAAUGCCACCACGAAUGGCGAAACUGUAUACAACAGUUGAAAACGUGUUUAAUGCAAUCCCUGUUAUUCGAGAAAGCUCAAGUAUAACACUGAUGGCGUUGCUAUCUUCGCCAUACAGAAUGUCCCAUGGGAUGCUUAAGAAUGUUCAAAGCAGCGUCAUGAAUAAUCUAACUAAAUGUCUCGUAACAAAUCCGCUUCGUAUGAUGAACAACUUCAAUGGAACUCGACCUGCUACGGAGCAUAUUUUCUCCCUUACCCGGUGUAUUUUUGAGUUACUGGAUAGUCUGAGAUUUUCUUUUACGUCUACCGGAGGAUCGCGUCAAGAAGCAUGUACCCUCACCCAUGUGAACCAGUUAGCUAAUCAGUUACAGCAAUUGGCAGAGAACGUCGCCAAUCUUCAAGAAACUAACGAUGCAUUUAGAUCGAAGAGCCAGCAAGAGAAUGUCUUAGUGGAAUUGGUGGACAUGAAGGGUUAUCUAGAAUUAUUGUAUCAGCAAUUGAAAAACGAAGAACAAAAAAAGCUUCAGAUGGAGGAAGAAAACUAUAUCUUACGGCAGUCGAUUGGCAAGUAUUUGACGAAUGAAGGUUCGACAAGCUGGGAUGUACCUGUAAAACGGGAAUCAGAUGGCGCUAGCGAUAGAUUGAGCAACAGUUACGGCAUGAGCUCUUCUGCCAGGAUCAACAUGACAUUGACAUGUCCAGAGUCUGCAGGCAAAAAUCCUCCGGCUUCAAUUGAGACUUCUAUGGAUGAAUUCGGGCUUAAAAUAAGCUACUUAUAUGACGAAGGCAGCAUAGCGUGGGCUAGACCACCCAAAAAUGGAGAUACCAUCCUUUUUACUUUUCACCAACCGGUUCUUUUGAAAAAAUUCAAAAUAGGAACUGGCCAUUUCGAGUACACCACAAACAAAUUGAGUGACGCCACGGUAGAAAUUCUUCUAACCUCUUCGGAAAUGGAGACGAAAAAUUUCGUCGUCACCCGAGAUGACUAUCUCGUUGUUGGACAAUUUGAUCAAUCAGGUUUGGCAGAAGGGAUUAUCGACUGGCAUUCUUUGGGAACCAUUCAACGUUUACGCGUUAAACUUCAUCGUGACCAUCAGGAGUGGAUCAUCUUUAGUGAGUUGUUAUUUGAAGCUGUGCUACUAAACGAUGAAAGGACUUCGUCGGAAGACGAUUUUGAAAGCUGGUGAGACAACUAGAGAAAUUACCCUGAAACAAAAGUUGACAAUUGUUAUUUGCGUUUUGUUGAUGCUAAAGAAUCCUUGAGAAAGUGAGGAGUUACAUAUAGAAAAAAUUGUGGAAUAAAAAAAAAAAAACUGUUAUAAUAAUAAACGUUACCAAGAUAAAA